AUGCAUUUCAAUGGUUUGAUUUCCACACUCAUGGUUUUACUUAUCAAGGAAGAAAUGCAUCGUAGGAAUGUUCAGCUGCUUUAAGAAAAGCGAAAAAAAAAUAUGCUACGCCAGGUUUAUUUAUUAGCGCGAUGUCUCAUGUUAAACUGAUUGCGGAGACACGCGUUUAUAUAUGCCACAAAAACAUGAAAUCUAUGGGUAUUUUUUUUUACAGUUUUUCAACCAUAUUGACGCAAGCGCAUACAAAAUGCCCUCUUGUUAUUCAGCGGUAAUUUUUAAUACGAAAGGAUCAACAUGUAGAGGGUGACGUCACGAUGGAUUCGCCACUGGGUGUUAUCCUUAUUUAAAGACACAAACCAGAGGUUUUCCAACCUAUAUCGACUCUAAUGAAAGAAAUAACGGGAUCCGUUUUGUCACAGGUAGCCCAAGCUGACUAUGAGAGCCCGAAACAUUAUCCUACUUAGCUAAUUAAUACGGCAACAAUUAUAAGACGGUGUAUGAGAAUUAUCCUACUUCGCCAUAAUUGAGCGAAAGAUGCAUUAAAUUUUUCCUUUUAUGCUUGUAUUUAGUAGUUUCUUAUGUUUAUGUGUUGACUGCGUUUCAUGCCUGUUAGGAUGUCAAGAACUCGAGAACAACACUACCCUUCUAAGCUAAUUAAUUAUUCCUACAGCACGAAAAUUAUAACACGUAUGAGAAAUCUUUGCUCACUAAAUUAAUAAAAUGUGCAUUCAAUAUCGCUCUGAAGCUUACCUUUAGCCUUUGCUUGUUUUUCUUCGUCUUCUGGAUGCAUUUCAGACCUCCUAGGCACUGUUUAAUGCCUUAUUUUGAGCAACAGGUUUUCACCCAGAUGGCAGUAUGAUCAUUUUAAAAGGUUUUUUUUUUUAAUUUUAUUCUUAAAAUGCAAACUGAAGAAUCGCACUUGUAGAAAUGUCUUUAUCGUGUUUAUAAAGACCUUGCACUCGCUUGUUUUAUAUAUAAUAACAUUGGUUAUUUCCAUUUUAUUUGAAAAUUAUGUAUUUAUUACUAUUUCCUUGGUUGCGAAUUCCAGGUAUGUGAUCACAAUACCGCAGGCGUCAAACGCGAGAAGUGUGCUGUUGGUUACUAUGGCGACGCCACCAAAGGAACGUCUUAAGACUGUCAACUGUGUCCUUGUCCUCUGACGACCCCAUCCUAUCAGUAAGUACCUCAGAGAUCCCGUUAAUUCCUACUCACCCAUGAGAUGCCCUUGGGAGCUUUUCCUUUCUUGCUGUGUAUGUCGAGCUUCAAUUUUAUCUUUGCAAUCGUUUUCAAUACGGUAAUUUACGAAAAUGAGUUUAAAACAAAGGAAAAAAUAACCCAAGGAUAAAACCAAACCACAAUCUAAACGUUGCCUAUUAAGAUUCUGACCUCAGAUGUCCCAUUUUUUCUAAGCCUUGGGUUCCGAGGAUGGUGGCUAUUGCAUCGAACCUAUCAUCAAGCUACGAUAUGAAGUCAUUAUGGAAACUCACACAAUGUAAACCACUUUUGUCUCACCUUAUUUACUCUUGCUUAGAGAGUGUGAGCUGAUACUGAUCAAUGGUGCUGAUGUAACUGUUUAACAGGUUUAGCCGAAUUUGUAAGCUCGACACAGACGGCAGACCAACGUGUACCUCAUGUCAACCUGGUUAUACUGGCAGGAACUGUGAAAGGUAUGUGGAUAGUUCUUCUGAGCCCCGUUUCUGAGAGACAUUUCUUUCUUUCCUUUUUAAUGUAUGUUGUUGGCUUGCUUGUUGCUGUUAUUUUUUGUUGUUGCUGCCCAGCGGCGUAGCCAGCAUUUUUGUAUAGCGGGGUUCUUUAUGUGGUAUUUUCGUCUAGAUUGAUAAUCGAGCCGAGGAGGGCAUGGGGUAUAAGGCAUUCCGCGGAAAAUUUUAAUAUUUUAGGUCUUUAGAAAUUCCGUUUUGUGAUUCUGAGCACAAAUUUCCAUUAACAGUGCCAAAUUUAAAAGCUACCAUUUUUUGCUUUCAGUGAAGAAAUAGUGUGAUAGACUAAAAAAUGUAUAUGUUGGUGAUCGUUGAAUACAUUAAAACACACAUUGUAGUCUUGUGAUUUGCCGUUUACUCAGUAAGCAUAUUAGCAAGAAGGAGACAUCAUGGAUGCUUCCGUGCAAGGGUGUCGAUUGUUGGACUUAGGCCAAUUUGCGUAAUACAGUGUCAUCAGAGCAAAGGCAGCGGAAACUUCUUCUGUUGGGUUUAUUUUAACGUUUUCGGUGCAAAGUUCUUUAAAAUAGCUUGCAUGAGGCAACGUAUAGUUGAGUCGAUUCCAGUGACUCUUGCUGAUUGGCUGUUUCGUUGUAGCUGUCCAGCUUGGAAAAAAUGCCUUGUUCAGUGGUGA